AUGACACUGCCUCCUGGUGUGAGCAGCGUGUUGGAGGCUGAGACUCCUCCUCCAUCGACGUCAUCGCAAAACCGCUGUUCUUCUUCUUCGCACGACUGCGCUGAUUGCGCGCGGAAGGACGAUUUGAUCGACGAACUCAAGGCAAUUGUUUUGAAACCGUCCCGUUCAAACUGCGCGAAUUGCGAGAUCCUGACACUAGAAAAUAAAACCGCACUGGCGACAAUCCAGGGAUACAAGACGACCGUGGCAGCUGCCGAGGGCGCCAAGGCCGAAUGCGAUUACCUGCUGGAGCGGCAGAGCGGCGCGGAAAGAUGCGGCUGGAACAGCUACAACAAUCUCGUCAUAGAGAAUAAUAAUUACAGGACAGAAACCGCAAAGCUGCGUGAACAGGUGGCGGCUUUGACGGGAUCGAAGGAGACUUCGAAUAACAAUACGAGUCACGACCAGAAACUGCGGAUCAUGUGUUUGCUGCGUGACACGAAUCUGAUUUUGCAGCACGAGAUUGCGGAAACACGAGACGAAUUGGCGAAGCUCGGCUUCACGCUCGCCUAUUCUCAAAGACUUGGCCCACCACCAAAGAAGCGCAAGGCCGAAGAC